AUGCAUCUCCGGCCCUGGAGGCACCGAAAGACCGGCAAGUCGUCUCCCAAAGAAAAAAGUCAUGAAGAUGUUGUCCCCAACGCCCCGUCGACUUUGGACAAGCCAAACCAUUUGGAACCUACCGUGACGCCAAUUUCUCCGCCGGUAGCAGAACCAGAGAGAUCAACGGAUCCUGAGCCAUCGCCGUCCCCUGCGGUACCAGACCAUAAAUUGAGCAGUAUCUCGCCGGGUGCCCUUGGGCCUGGCUUGGCGAACAAUGAGGCGAUACAGGCAAUUUGGGAAGAAAUCCGGCAGAAGAUCAACAUCCUGGCCCAGAAAGCUGGCAGGCCCGUCAACACAGGCAUGGGAUUUGAUGAUGUCAUGGGAACCCUCGCAUCUACUGAGCACCCGGACAUGGAGCCGAGUAAGAAGGAUGCGGCCAAGAAGGUGUUGGGGAAUACAUUGAAAGUGAUCCAGACCGUUGGUGGAUUUGUCGCUGAUGGAGCAUCCCAGGUCUUUCCUGCCGCUUCGCAAUGUUAUAAUGCCAUCGGCUUUGUCAUUACUGCAUGGCAGGACUAUGAGAAUGCGUUUGAUGGCCUCACGGACCUUUUCGACGAAUCCACGAAAUAUCUCACACGGCUCCAGAUCUAUUCCAAGGGAUCAAUGGACAAGAGUCUCAGCGAACUUACGGCCAAGCAGCUGAGAUUGUUCAUUACAGUUUGCGACCAUGCUAUCUCACUGAGACACACCGCCAAAGGGAAGCUUAAGACCGCUUUAAAGAUUGCAUUCCUUGGCGAGAGCAGUAUCCAAGGCUUGAUCAGCCAGAUGGCCAAAAAUGUUGGCGAAGAGCACAUUUUGAUAUCGGCCCACACUUUCCUCAACUCGCAGGAGGCCGUGGCUGCUUCCCGCUCAACUCUCAAGGUGACGGAAAGGAUCGAAAACCAGGUCAAGGAUAUGCAUCUCGCGGCAAUGAAAGACAAAGAGGCGCACGAGCAGAACCAGACCGAGGCUGUCAUUAGAAAAGCAUUGGGCUAUGCCAAUAUCGUCGCACCUAUCUGGAGCGAGCGGUACCGAGACUAUAUGAAGGAGCGAUUGUCAUCUACGGGUCAAUGGGUAUACGAAGAUCCGACGUUUGCUCGAUGGAAGAAAGGCCAGUCGGGAGCCAACAUCCUCGCAGUUACGGGUGAUAAUGGCACCGGGAAAAGCUUCUUUGCGACUUCUAUCAUACAGCGCUUCAUUCAGCGAGCAAAUCCCGCCGACACGACCGACUCUCAAACUUGCGCCGCCUAUUACUAUCUUGAAGGAGAGGAGGCCAAAGAUGUACAGACCGCAAGCAACAUUGAUUUUGUGGCCAAGUCCCUGGUAUGGCAACUGACCGUGACUGACGCGCGCUACAAGAGGUCUGCUGCUGGUAUGUGUCGAGAACAUCCAACUGCUGAUGUGGCCGCCAUGUCGCACCAGCUCCUUUUCGAAUGUCCGUAUCUCCGUGAAGCGAAUGGCAUGUUCUACAUCAUCAUCGAUGGUCUAGCGGGUAAGAUGGGAGAAGGCAUGCUUCGCUUCCUGAAAGACGUAUCCGCCACAAAGACAGGCGGCCGCAUCCGGGUUCUGAUAACCUGCGAUUCCGACUGCUAUAGUCACCUGGGUCAGGUUGACGGGAUCGCCAUCGACUCAAUACAGAUUGAUGCGAAAAACGAAUCUGACGUUCAAGCGUUUGUUGAAUCACGAAUGAACAGCAUGCCGGCCUUGAGUGACUGUACCGAUGCCAGUGUUCGGGACCUCCGAAAGUCGGUAUGUGACGGGCUCAUAAAAAACACAGGUCAUGAUUAUGUCCGAAUCAAGUUUGCCCUCCACGAUAUUAGCAAACAAGAGUACCCCGAAAAGAUUAUGGGCAUCGUGGACAAUGCAGGGAGACAGCGUCUGCAGCAGAUCCAAGAAGAGAUUGAGGAGCUGGAACGAAGUCUCACCGACGCAGAAAUACGUGAAAUCAAUGAGAUCAUUCUCUGGACUCAACAUCACAAGGGCCCGAUGACGGAGAGCUGGCUGACUGCUGCUUUGCGUGCCCGGGAUGGGAAGAAGUCUCUCCUGCGCCUAUCAGACAAGUUCAAGUCAAAAUACACUCUUUUUACGACUACUCACAGAGGAGAUAUAACCUUCCGAGCUCCGGAGGUUGAGAAAGCUAUCCCCUCGCGCCACAAGGGCCGUAAGGAGCCCGAAGAAUCUAGCCCGAACGUGGUAUCCCAGGCUGAGGCUGAGAUAAUCAACCACUUCCUUCGCACCGUCUGCCCACCGAACACGUACAGCAAGCUGAAUCUGGACGCGAUUCUGGCACAGAAGCAGCAUAGAAAGGGAAAUGCCCGGAUCUGCCAAGAUGAUUCAUACACAGCAGAGGCUAAACUGGCCCUUGCCUGUCUGGAGCUACUUAUUGAAAAUUCCGAUGGGUAUGAAGAAGGCUUAUUGCCUUACGCAAGAAAGUUCUUCGAUCAUCACUUGGGCGCGGCGGAUCUGGCCUUUGUCGACAUCGAGUUGAAGGUUCAAAUUGGUCAGCUCCUCGUCAAGCUUUUCACCCACGAUGAGUCGAUCGACACGUUAGUCUGCACCCAGGAAUCAAGUCGCUUUAGUCCCGUUCGAAUUGAAAUGUGUGAGAAGCUGCUUCUUAAAAAUGACACUGCGGAUACUGUCAUUCAAUGGCUCAAGGACUCGGCUGUCACUUCCGAGGUUUCCGAUAAAGAAACGAGGGAGUGGAUUUCAGACGUGAUCAAAGACGGCGGCCCUGGUAAGCUACUGGCACCAGCUGCAAAACGAAUGGCCUGGCACUUGGCACGGGAGCCGCAUCUCCUACCCGUUACUAGGGGUGCUUUCCUGUUUCUUGUGUAUUAUAUUCGGAAGUUUGAAAUCGGUGACGAACACCCAGAGCAGCCAGAUCCUUUUAAUGCACUUUUUGACGAAAUCAACCGUGUUAGGGAAAUCAACCGUGCUGAGGGAGUCGACCGUGCCGAGGGCAACAAACGGAUCGAAGAAAUCAGGCAUGCCGAGGAACCCAAGCGUGUCGAUGAAAUCAAGCGUAUCGACGAGUUCUGUGUAAACACCUUAGGCAUCGACGAGAGAGACUCAUUUUGGCAUUCACAGAUGGCAGCCAUGUUGCUUGCCUGCGGUGCUAGGGUUCCAGGAAUGCAGCGAGCUCAAACAGCCCUGAAUUUCGAUCCGAACAACUGGCGAGCAUCAACUCACCUGGCUAACAGAAUGAAACCUGCCGAGGGAAUCGACGUGCUCAAGCCUGUCAUUGAUCGCCUUGGGUCGGAUGUGGAGUGGCAGAAGUCCUAUCUCAACCGAUCGGAAUAUUCAAACAUGCUCUUCAUUCUCGCGGAGAAGACUUGGCAACAAGAUCAUAAGCAGUUUGAUGCUACUGUUGAAUUUGCAAAGUCAGCUAUGCGAGUUGAGCCAUUUAACUAUCCUCGAAACCUGAUGAAUUUGAGUCGCUGUGCCAAAGAAAAGCAAUGGGCUCGGUUUAUGGAGAUCUUAGACGUGAUAGUUGAGAGCUCACGUGGGUUAGAAGAACGAGCUUUAUCCGAGAUGAUCAUCCUGUGCAUCUUUGAUAUGAAAAGGGAAGACUAUCUUACAAUGAUGUUGGAAGCAGCUUUCCAUGCAGACCGACUCCAGUUCAUCGUGGAUGCCUUCCGAGACUGCGUAGAAAGGCUCGAAGCUCGGGGUGAUCGCGCCAGACUCUGCCAUCUCCGAUAUUACUAUGGACGCGCACUCAUGGCGCUCCACAGUGGAUCGCCAAAGGCGAUUGACCAGUGGCGCAAGGCCAUUGAGGAGGGUGCUAGUGCGGACCUUCUGUCGUCAUUGAUCAGUAAUAUCAUGCCGUAUUACCUGCAAAGGGCCAUCAAGGCAACUGCCGCAAACGAUGAUGAAGCUGCGGCUAUCUAUCUCGAGAAGAUCCAGACAUUGCUGCCCGAAGACGUACCCGAAUCCAGCGUUGUGCUUCCACCAGCGAUAUACAUUGUGCGAUAUCACGCGCGAAAGGGUGACCUGGCACAGGCCAAACUCUUUGCUCGCGAUUUAGUCCGGAAGGGCAUCGAAAUUCUGACCGACGACAUCGAAGAAAAUGACUUCCCUGCCUACAAGGAGCUUCUGUGGCUAUUCAUCGCUCUGGGUGAUGAAGAGAAUGUGAAGGCAAUCCGAUCGCUCAUGGCAGCUCGUUUCAAGGAAGAGAUGAGAUCCAUUUGCGGAGGCGACUGCGGAAUAUCUUUGCACCUAGCAGAUGAGAUGAUCUGGUGCCAAGAUUGUAUCGAUAUCAAAUUCGAGAAUACGUGCCACGGGAAGAUUGAUGAGACUGGUUUCCCAUUUUUGCUCUGUGAUGCCUCGCAUGAAUUCAUGCACUUUUCUCGAGUUGACCAUUCGCAAGAUGGAUUCGUGUUGAUUGGUAAUGAUUUGGUUUCGGAAGAGAAAUGGAUGCGGCGCAUGCAGAGGGAUUAUGUUAAGAUCGUGUGCUGA